AACAUUUCUUUAAUGUGGUUUGUAAAUAAAUUUUAGAUUAUCUAAAAACAUUAAUAUAUCAAAUACAAAACUAAUACUAAGCAUGAAAAUUGAAAAUAGUAGCACAGAUUCUGGAUUUGAAUUAAAAUUAAGACCUCUGCAAUGUGAGCUGAAACCAUUGACACGGGCUGAUGGGUCAGCGUUUUUAUCACAAGGAGAGACAACUGUUUUAGCUUCUAUGUAUGGUCCGAUUGAAGCCAGACAGCAUAAUACUAAAGUAGACAAAGCUACGGUUGAUGUUACAUUUCGACCUAAAAUUGGUCUGCCGGGUGUUAAAGAUAGGUUUAGAGAAUCAAUUGUAAAGAGUAUUUGUGAAACAGCUAUUCUCACUACAUUGCAUCCUCGGACAGCUAUAACUAUACAAAUUCAAGAAUUAGAUGACCGCUGCGGGAUAGAAGCGUGUGCAGUAAAUGCAGCUUGUUUAUCGUUGAUUAUUGGUGGAAUUGAUAUGAAAUUUACUAUCGCUGCUUUACAUUGUAUAAUUGAUAAAAAUGAAGUUUUGCUUUUAGAUCCCGAUCAAAAGCAAGCUUCGGGAGCACUUGCGAGUUUUACCUUUGUUUUUGACAGCAUACAUAAAAAUUUGAUAGCUGCUAAUACCUAUGGGAAAUUUAGUUUGCGGCAAUAUAACGAUGCCCAACUUAUGUGUAAAGCAGCAAGUGAGUACUUGUUUAAGUUUUAUGUCGAUAUUAUUAAAAAAUCAUUGUCAUAUAAAAUGGAAGCAUCAGAAGAAUUAUAACAUGUAUACUAGAAUCAAAUAAAUUUUAUAUAAAUUAUA